UAGAUUUCUUUCUUAAUCCUGAAGGCAGGCAGCCCAAACACGAACAAGUCGAAGACCCCCCCAACCCAAAAAUCCCCCAAAAUCAUCCGAACCCAAACUGAAAUCCCCACACCGAUACGCCUUCCUCCUCCCGUCUCGCCGCCCUCAUCAAUCCCGAACGAGGCUAGGGUUUCCGCCCGCCGCACCGCCAUGGGCUCCAGCAAAGGCUCGCCCCCGCCCUCCGCCGCGGGCCCCUCGUCGGCCGGGAAUGCCCCCGCGCCGGUGGGGCCGGUGCCGAGGCCGCCGGAGGUGGCGCCGUUCCUCACCAAGGUCUACGACAUGGUCUCGGACGCGGCGACCGACAAGGUCAUGUCGUGGACCGACGCAGGCAACAGCUUCGUGAUCUGGGACGCGCACGCCUUCGAGCGCGACCUGCUCAGCCGCCACUUCAAGCACCGCAACUUCAGCAGCUUCAUACGCCAGCUCAACACCUAUGGAUUUCGUAAAGUUGACCCUGAUAGAUGGGAGUGGGCCAAUGAGGGGUUUCUUAGGGACCAAAAGCAUCUUCUGAAAAUCAUUAAGAGAAAGAAGAGACCUCAGGAAGCAGGUCGUGAGUUGGAGAAGGCACCUGUCAAAGCUGCACCUGGUACUGAAAAUAUUGAAAUAGGAAGAUAUGGCGGGCUUGUAAAGGAGGUGGAAACCCUUAAGAGGGAUAAAGCUCUUCUCAUGAAGCAGCUCGUGGAUCUCAGGCUCUACCAGCAAAGCUCUAACCUUGAAGUCCAGAGUUUGAUUCAGCGCCUUCAAGUAAUGGAACAGAACCAGAAGCAGAUGAUGGCACUUCUAGCAAUCGUUGUCCAGAACCCUAGUCUUCUCAACCAGCUUGUGCAGCAGCAGCAGCAGCAGCGCAG